UUCGCCAUUUGGCUUUGUAUAAUUUCAACAGUAAAAAUAUAUAAUCAAUAUUUAAAUUUCUAAUCAAAAUUUCUGUUAUUUUAAAAUUUUUAUUUAAACAAAUAAAUUUAUCUGAAAUAUCUUAAAUGUAGUGCUAAAUAUAAAAGGAAUGGCAUUUAGCUUUUUAAGAAGGCUAAGGAUUACCGGUUGCAGAUGUCCAGCAAACUUCACAGUGUUUAUCGUGGGUGUUUGGCAAUGCAGAAAACAAUGGCUCCAACAAUAUCGGUAUUACUGUAACUGGAAACCAGCCAAGCAUACCAAUUUCGCCUUUAAUCAUUCCUUCCAAACAAAAUGGAAACCGCCCCCAUUUGUGACUAAGCUGGCUGGCCGCUUAUGGGCGGGAAUAAUAGCAUCCACGGUUACGCCUUACAUUAAGAACAAAAAAAUGGAGGAUGCCAAUCCAUUCUUGUAUCGCAACGUUAUGAUGAAGGAUCUUUCAGGGCGUCGCAAAGAGUACAGUUUCGUAGCAGAAGUAGCCAAAACUAUUUGCCCGGCAGUGGUGUACGUUGAAUUGCAAGAUGUAGCCAAUUUUGAUUACUAUUCAGGAUUGCCUUCAGCAGUUUCAAGCGGAUCCGGAUUUCUCAUCGCUUCGGAUGGACUAAUAUUGACCAAUUCGCAUGUCGUCAUGGACGAGGAGUUAAAAGUGAACAAGAGAAUACUUGUUACCCUCACAGAUGGCCGUUCCUUCGAAGGAGAAGUUGAGUAUGCCGAUAAGAUAUACGACAUCGCCAUGGUGCGGAUUCAAGCUCGCAACCUGCCUAUUGCGGAUUUGGGUACUUCCCAAGACCUGAAAAGUGGAGAAUGGGUGGUAGCCGUCGGGAGUCCUAUGGGAUAUUCUAACUCUGUAACAUGUGGCAUCAUAAGUUCUUAUAGAAAGUCUGUUGAAAUUGGACUGCAUGAUCGACAAAUAGAGUAUAUUCAAACGGAUACGCCUAUCAACAGCGGCAACUCAGGUGGUCCAUUGUGCAACUUAGAAGGGCAGGUGGUUGGGAUCAAUAGUAUGAAAAUAUUACCUGGAAUCAGCUUUGCUAUACCCAUCGAUUAUGUCAAGGAUUUCUUGAAGCCUUUCCAACACCGAAAAUUUAUUCAGAAAAUGAAGAAAUGCCCAAGUUAUCUAGGAAUCAAUGUCAUGAAUCUAACAGCAUGUGUGAUAUCUGAACUAAGAAAACGAGAAUGCGGCCUUUCGGAGAAAGUAAAAUUUGGAGUAUAUAUCUGGAGGGUUAAGCGGUUUUCCCCAGCUGAAUACGGCGGUCUUCAUCCUGGCGACAUAAUAACCCACGUUAACGGUGUCGAAGUGAAAAGCUCAGUUCAAAUCUAUGAGGCACUUGCUGAAAAGGGUAAACCGUUGGAUUUGGUCGUAUAUCGAGGUCAAAAAGAAUUGAAGAUCCUUGUGAAACCCGACGAGUAAAUAUGAUUAUGAAAAUCUAAUGAAGACAUCCAAAAUUUGCCUACAAUAGUUAAGAAGCUAGAUAAACAAUUAUUUAUUUGAUCGAAAUAAGGAAAAUUUUGCAAACAAUUCGAUUUUGCAUUGUUGCGAACUUACCCUUUUCCAUAAGAAAAAGUGCGGUUGAUCUCUUCGUCCACUCUACACUCACCGAGAAACCCCAAACUUAAAUGGUGUGAAAAUGUUUGAAAGCAGACAAUGUUCAACUUGUCAAAACUAACGAGCAGUAAAAGACAUCAAGAGAAAGUAGUUUGUACAAUUGUAAAAAGGUCCUAUAAGGAGCAACUAAACGUGGAUUGGGGAAGGCUCGAUUAGCAAUUAAUCAACUCUAAGUUUAGUGAAAACAGGAUCGGCUGUAAAUUUGGACAUACUCCUUUUCUGCAUGCUUUUAACAAAUUUUAUUUGUUCCAAUUUAUAUUUUUGGAUGCUUUUGAUAUGAUGAUUCAUUUUAGCAAAACACUUUGAAUGUACUCUUGAAUUAUCAAUGAAAAUUUUUUACUGGA